AAGUGUGAAAAAGAAUUAGCUAAACCCUAAUCACACAUAUAUAUACCUUGGCUAAUUAAUCACAUAUAAAUCCACAACCUUAACCCAAAUCAAAAACACAAAGACACAUAAUUUUGAUGAAAGCAAUGAAUUCAAUAGCCCUUUCCAUACUACUUUUGAUGUUCUUCAUCACAAAACCAUCUCUCCAACAACAUCAUAUAGAACCUUCUCCACCACCGCAACAACGCUCGAACGCGCGGCUCUUCGAUGCCUUUUACGCCCUCCAGGCGUGGAAAAACAAGAUCACUGGAGAUCCCAAGAACUUAACCUCCAACUGGUGCGGGCCCAACGUCUGCAGCUACACUGGAGUUUACUGCGCACCCGCCCCCGACAACCCUCACAUCACAACCGUCGCGGGAAUCGAUUUGAACGGCGGAACGAUAUCCGGAUCGUUGACCGAGGAGCUAGGUUUGUUGACCGAUCUCGCGGUUCUCCACUUAAACUCGAACCAAUUUAAAGGAACCCUACCCGCGAGUUUCCGGAACCUCCGCCUUUUGUACGAGCUCGAUAUAAGCAACAACCUCUUCUCCGGCGAAUUCCCCUCCGCAGUUCUCCGCCUCCCCUCCUUAAAAUAUCUCGACAUGCGAUACAACAACUUAUGCGGGAAAGUUCCUUCCGAACUCUUCGACAUGAAACUCGACGCGGUUCUCAUAAACAACAACAAUUUCGGCCUCGGCCUACCGGAGAAUAUCGGGAACUCGACCGUUUCGGUACUCGUGGCAUCGAACAACAAUCUAGGGGGGUCCCUGCCCCCCGGGAUCGGCCGGAUGGCAACUAACAUAAACGAAAUUGCUCUCGCCAACACCGGCUUGAUCGGGUGCCUGUCUGACGAGCUAGGCGAUCUGAACGAGCUGACGGUGUUCGACGUGAGCGGUAACGGGCUCGUCGGGAGUUUGCCGGAGAACAUGGGGAGUAUGGAGAGCCUAGAGGAGGUUAACAUCGCCGGAAAUAAAUUCUCCGGCGAGAUCCCGGCGAGCGUGUGCUCGUUGCAGAAGCUGGCGAAGUUUAAUUACGGGGAUAAUUAUUUCUGCGGCGAACCGGGUUCGUGCCUGAAGGUGAAAGAGAGAGAUGAUUCGAAGAACUGCAUAACUUCUAGGCCUAAACAACGCUCUCCUAGAGAGUGCCAUUUGAAAUCACAGCCAGUUGGUUGCAGUAAUUAAUUAAUAUAAUUAAAGUGAAAUAAAUGUUAUUUCCUCUUAAUUAUAUUAAUUAUUAUUAUUAUAUAUAUGUGACAUGUAUUUAUUAUAUAUAUAUAUGCUCGAAUGUAAGAGUUUGUACUGCUUGUAACAUUUCCUGAUGAUGUUUGU